CAGCAGCUCAGCUCAUCUCACCCUUCGGACGACGACCAACCGAGAGACCAGAGCGAGCCAGCGAUCGAUGGCGGGGUACAGGGCGGUCGGCGUCCUCCUGGCCGCGGCCGCGCUCCUCGCCGCGGUGGCGUCGGGGGCGGCGGACGACGAGCACAUGUACCACUUGAAGUGCUUCAAGUCGUGCACGAAAAGCUGCCACGGCGAGGAGGACGCCCUCGACGCCGGCAAGUGCAAGACCGGGUGCCUGCACGAGUGCUUCGAGGAGCUGCCGGCCCUCUGCUACCAGCAGUGCGUCGUCAAGACCUGCCUCUGCCUCCCACCCUACAGCAAGGAGAAAGUGACGUGCAUGAAGAAGUGCUGCGGGAAGUGCUUCCACCACGGUCCCAAGCCUGGACCUAGCCCGAAGCCGCCUGGUUCUAAGUCCAAGCCGUGCCCGUGCCCCCCGCCGGGCUCGAAACCGUGAACGCCAACAACUGAUACGAUGGAUGCGCCAGCCAGAAUAAUAAAAAAAAAGCUCAUGGAACCUGACGUCGAACGUACGCACGUGCUAUCUAUAAGUAGAGGUCCCAUGGUAUAUGUGGUAUGACUGUACGAAUACGAAUCAAUUGCUGCCGCUAGUAAAGGAUAAGAAAUACUGUUACGUA